AUGAAAUAUUCAAAUAGUACAAAAAAUCAAGAUUUUUUUCAUCUUGUUGCUGAUCAAUCACCGCAAUCUUUUCUCAAUACAAAAUCUCAUCAAUGGCAAUUACAAUUAAAUACAAAACAGUUUGCAAUACGUAUGCAUAAUGAAGAUCCUCUUGCUCAUAUGCGGCGUAAUUUUUUCUAUCCGAAAAUGGCUACAUUACCUAAUGUUGAUAAAAACCGAAUUAAAUCAAAUGAUGAAUGUAUAUAUCUUUGUGGUCAAUCACUUGGAUUAAUGCCUGUACGAACUGUAGAAUAUAUGUCUGCAUUUAUGAAUGAUUGGGCUUCACUUGGUGUCUAUGGUCAUUUUAUGGGUUCAAAUCCAUGGGCAAAAUGUGAUAGUCCAUGUAUACCUGUCAUGAGCUUAUUAGUUGGUGCUCAAAUUAAAGAAGUUGCUGUUAUGAACCAAUUGUCAUCAAAUCUUCAUUUUAUGAUGACAGCAUUUUAUCAACCUAAAGAUGAUCGUUACAAGAUUUUAUAUGAAGAACAUGCAUUUCCAAGUGAUCAAUAUGCAAUCAACUCACAAAUCAAAAUGCGUGGUUAUGAUCCAAAAGAUGCUAAAAUUAUCUUAAAAGCACGAAAAGGUGAAAAUUGUUUAAGAAUUGAAGAUAUUCUUGAUAUACUUCGUCGUGAAGGUCAUUCAAUUGCUCUUGUUAUGUUUGGUGGUGUACAUUAUUAUACUGGUCAAUUAUUUGAUAUUGAAACUAUCACACGUAUUGCUCAUGAACAGGGUUGCUGUGUUGGUUGGGAUCUAGCACAUGCUGUCGGAAAUGUACCAUUGCACUUACAUGAUUGGCAAGUAGAUUUUGCUGUUUGGUGCACAUACAAAUAUUUGAAUAGUGGUGCAGGAUGUAUUGGUGGUAUUUUUGUACAUAUAAAUCAUUUCAAAAAUGAUCAUUUGACGACACUUGAUGGUUGGUGGGGAAAUCGAGAGUCAACACGAUUUUCUAUGCUUGAUAAUAUUGAUCGAGAUAAUGGUGCUAAUGGCUUUCGUGUUAGUAACCCAUCGAUUCAUCAAUGUGCUACUCUUGCUGCAAGUUUAGAGAAUUUCGAAGAAGUUGGUAUAGAUCAACUUCGUGCUAAGUCAGUUAUUCUUACACAAUAUCUUCAAUAUCUACUCAAAGUAGAAUUGCAAGAUACAGGAAUAUGUCAAUUUACUCUAUUAACUCCAUCUAAUGCUCAAGAACGUGGCGCUCAAUUGUCACUUCGACCACAUAAUGUCACUGCACAACAAAUUCAUGAUGAAUUAGAAAAAGUUGGAGUAGUGAUCGAUAUUCGCGAUGAUAUUAUUCGAGUAGCACCGACUCCAUUGUACAAUAGUUUUCUUGAUGUAUUUCAUUUUGUUUCAUUAUUCAAAGAAGUAGUAAUCCAAUUAACAGCUAUGUCUGAUAAAUAA